AUCUCUUCUGAGAAAAGAAAAAUCACACUGACUCUUGGACUUUAGUCAAUGUGCUCAUGCUCCUAAUCUCUUCAUCUGUUGGGCCAAUCGGAUCGCUUGAUUCGGAGGUUUAUUGAACUGAUUGGUUGACAGAUCUUGACAUGUGUGCUGGGGGCCUCUUUAAAUUUCAGCCUUACUGGCAAUGACUUAUUCUUACACUUGUGGAUCACAGCAUUCUAAUUUAGCAUAGGCCAGCACGCCAAGGGUCUGUACAUCAUGGAACAGUUUGUGGGAAAAUGGAAGCUGAUCAACAGUGAAAACUUUGAUGAAUACAUGAAGGCAGUUGGUAUGAGCUUUGCUACGCGGCAAGUGGGCAACAUGACGAAGCCUAACCUUGUCAUCAGCAUGGGCGACGGGGGCCUCAUCAACAUCAAGGCUCAAAGCACAUUCAAGACCACAGAGAUCAAUUUCAAGCUGGAUGAGGAAUUUGAUGAGACCACCGUAGACGACAGAAAAACCAAGACUCUCUUCACCAUGGACAACGGCAAACUGAUGCAGAAACAGAUGUGGGAUGGAAAGGAGACCACAAUCGAAAGAGACGUGCAGGGCACAAAACUGGUAGCGAAAUGUGUAAUGGGCGAUGUGGUGGCGGUGCGGAAUUAUGAAAAGGAUGCAUGAUGCAGGAUACCCUGUCUCCCUCUUUCUCAACUGACGUUUUUCACCUCAUCAAUAUGUGCCGACUUAAAAUUUGUGAUAUUAAAAGUUAUUCCGUCUACUGUCCAAAAACUUUUCCAUUGUAUAAAAAAAAUAAAAAAGCAAAAAAAAA